CGCGCUUUCGGCCCCGUAGUAAUCUAUUACACUCAACGCGCGUACCGUCCCGAUUAUAACAAUCGCUAAUGGAAUUAUUACAGAGAACAAAUUCGUAGUUAAUCCGUCGUUAAUAAAAUUACGGUUGGUUUUCGUUUUUUCGACAACUCGCGAUCAUUUUCCCGUACCGGAUCGCCGUCGUGUCGUCGUCGUCGUCGCAUUACGUGUCGUUGAAUAUCCGCGAUUGUCGUUACCGUCCGCGAGAAAACCGUCGCUCGUCCGAGACAACGGACCCCCGGACGCCCGCCCACGCCCCCUCUCCCCACGAAAAAUACCAAAAAAAAAAAAAAUUACAAGACUACCGCCGAGUGAAGGUAAGUAUAUCGUUGUUGUGUUUUCGGUUUUAUAUGCUCGGGCCGUUGUCGUUUACGCUUUUAAAACCGCCGGGACGAUACGCGACACGAGCACCGCUGCGGAGGGGCGCGAGGCGGACCGAAGAGGGGGACCCGGGCGAAUAAGGUACCGGCGGCUAUCGGUCGGUCUCGGCGAAGUUUUGUCCCGAUGUCAUAUCGACUUGGAGGGCGCGUCAUCCGCGCGAGGGUGGGGCCGGCGGCGAGGGCGCGAGACGCGGACGCGAGCGACGACGAUGAUGCGACGCCGGUGGAUAGCGGUGCCGGUGGCGUCUAUCGCUCGUUUCGUAUUAUUGUCGGCCGGCCGCAAAUUCUUUUUACCCGCCCACCCCGUUUGGCUUAUUACGUCGAGUCGACGGCUUUGCUGUAAGAACGUAUCUUUCUAUAUGUCGGUACGAAUUUCGCGGUUUUUUUGUUUUUGUUUGCAUACAGGGCGAGAUUCGGAAGAUGCGUUUCCUCCCUCCCCUCCCAUUGCAGUUUAUUCGCCGUCCAUUAUUUUAUGCGAACGAUUUUUUUUUUUUGUCAAAAUUACAAUCGCUUUAUUUUUUUAGUCGGAAAAUCAAAAAUACCGCCCACUGGGCCGGCCCUACCUAUAUUGUGCUAUAUCGAACAAACCUAAACGUAUACAUUUUCUAGUGUAAAACUAAACCCGUCCGAAUCGCUGUAUGCAAUAAGAUAAUCAGUUAGAUCAGUUAUUAAUCGGUUAAUAAACUUGGUGAGUUUAAUAGAUAACAAUUUUACAACUUUUGUUUUCGAUAAUUUUUCGGUCAGUAUUACAAACUACCAAAUGGUACUUACAAAAAUAAAUACAUAAAGUAAAAGUAAAAAAAAUUCUAAAUACGCCAUUGCAAUGUGCAAUUACGAACAGUAUGGAAAUUUCGGUUUCUGUUUUUUCGGACGUUUUCGAUUUUCUCAGUUAAUUAUUCCUCGCUCUUUUUUUGAACGAGUUUUACAGUAUUUUUUUUCAGUUAUCUGUUCUUAAGUAAUUAUUAGCAUCCUUAAAAACAAAUCAUCGCUAGUGAAAUACGAUUCUGAGUAAAAUAAACUUGUUUGCGAUUUUCGUCAAAGUUCGAACUCGACAUUUUCAAUGUGAUUUUCUUUGGUCAGCACCGCCAGCGUCGUCCGGAUUACUGCCCCCUCCCCCUCGCUCUAUACCACCACCAUAUCCACAUUCCACACACGUAGCCGUUUAGAUUAUGCCCUUUACACCACCACAAAACAUCAACCUGUAGCGGAAACUUUAUCGAAGCGUGAUUUUUAAACUGAACUCAAUGCAUUAAAUGCUUUAAAUGCUACAAUAAAGGUUAACUGUCAUUUUUGAUUGAAGAAAAAUUUCUAUUAAAAAAUUUGCUUACAAACACAAUAAUUAAGCACACGUGCCAUAGUAAAACAUUUGUUAUUCCUCGUUCCGCUCAGAAAAUGAAAGUGUUUCGGAUGAGUAAAACUACGUAAUCGUUAGUAUGCAACAUCAAUUAUAAAGAAAAUAAACAAUGCUUUUUGGUUGUAUAAUAAUAAGUGUGUCUAUUUAUUAGAUUUUGAGUGUAAUAGUGGGGAAUAUGUUAAUGGUUUUACUAUGACGUCAUAAGUGAAUAGAUUUUCUAAUGGCGCCAAUCACUAUGUGUAGCACAUUUUCUAACAGAAAAUAUUUUCUGAUUUGUGCGCGUUUUCUAAAUAACUGUUAAAGCGGGAAAAUAUUAGACGUCUCCAAUGAAAACGUGUGUAAUAAGUACGUGAAAACGGAGUCCAUGUACCCAGUGAAGAAUGGUAUGUACUCACGUAUAGUUAAUACACUUGAAUUCACUAUCCGUGUUCACGCGUGUUUUAGUGUUAUUCAAGUCAAUACGUAGUGAAAAGACGUUUGAAAUAACGUAAAUACAUGAAUGAUAAUUAAACGUAAAUAACAAUGACACGUUUAAGCAGAUUUUGUAAUUACACGGUUUUGUAAAUUUGAAUGUUUAUGUUACGUAAAUAUGUGAAAGCGUGUAGCCGUGAAAUAGGAAGCUCUAGAAAAUAUAAGCAUAUUGUAUUAAAAAUUAUUAAAGUUUACAUGAAAGUUUAAGAAAGUUGUUAUUAAAAUUUCGCGGUGCAUACCAUAACCUCUACAAAUUAUUACAGGUGGCUAUGUAAGAUCGGCUACCCGUGAAAGUUAAUUUUCUUCCAUAAGAUACGUCAACAAUUUUAUAUUAAGUCAGCUUUGGGACAAAACAAUGAUUCCGGUAUUUAUCUCUAUUAAACAUACAAAGAAAUAUUAUAACAAACACGAUAAACAUCGAGAUAAAAUAUGGAGAUAACAUACCUAUUAUUCAACGAAUAAUGUUUUGCUAGGAUUUGUCGAUAAACUUAAAAUAUAUUUUAUAUUUAUAUAAAUAUCAUAACAAUAAUUGGGUUCUUACAAACUAAGAGACGGGGAAUUUAAAACGAGGAUCAACAUAAGUUGUAUUUGACUGUAAAAAGGAGCUGAUACUAGAGACGAAUGUAACCACUGCUAUAGAUGCGUAGUUCGGAAGGUAGGGUACAUAAAAUUAUUUAUUAUACUUGUAACCAAAAAUAAACCGUUGCUAACGAAAAACGGUUUGGAGUGAAGUUUAGUCAUACAUGGUUUAAAAGACAUGACUUAAUAAGAAAGUUAUAAUAAAGAUAAUAUUUACGAUUUUCGUCAAAAUUUCAUUUUAACUCUUAUAAAAAAAAAUAAAUAAAUAAAUAAAAGAAUACUACAUUACAUUUAAUUUUUUUUUUUUUUCAAAACUUAAAAUAAACUUAUAGUCAAAUUUUCAAACAUUUCUGUUAUACAAUUCUAUCUACAGAGUACCUAAUAAAUAAAAAUUACAUAAAAAAACUCGCAAAAUUAAAAUGUUCAUAAAUAUCUCAUAAAUGGCACAAAUAUUUUGAAAGAUUUACCAUGUCUAAAAAAAAAUAAAUGUUAGUUUUCUGUUCAACUUUCAAGUCUUUACAAAUAUUUUUCUGAAUAAAAUUACAAAAAUUAAAAUUAAAAUAAUAAAAUCAUUAUUCUCUACGUUCUUGCUACGUAUUUUUCGGUUUUGCUCAACUAUUUAAAAAACUAAAAAGUAAAUCGAAAAAAACGACUUUCUUUGUUACCACUUAGAUUAUAAAAGUAACAAAAAAUGUCUCUUGUUGUUUUUCUAUUGAACGAAUAUUUUUUUGUAAAAUUCAUAAGCCGUAAAAAUGUAAAGGAAUAAUAAAGGAAAAAUAAAGGAAUGUCCCGUAAAUUAAUCAGUGUUCAUAUUUUGUCAUUUUCCAGUUUUUAUCGGUUAAUACUAAAACUGCCUGGUAAAUUAAAAGACGAGUUACUUACAGACAAUCUAGAACAAAAAAGGUCGUUUUUCUAUCGGAACAAUAGUUAUGGUUAAAAACAUAAACUGUCAUAUAAGUUUAAAAUAAUGCAAUCGAUACGUCGCGCGCAGUAGUAUUAUGAAAAAAAAUCGUAUUUUUUUGGUUUUUCCAAUUAUUAUGAAAAACACUUUAGAUAACAAAAAACGACUAUUUUUCUUAGUGACUUUUGACUGUAACGUAGCAGUGUUUUUUAUAAGAUUCGUUAUUAUUUUUAUACGUUUUUAUGAAAAAUCACGGCAUUUAAAAACCUUUUGAACCGAACAUCGCUCUGAAAUAUUUUCGUUAGUAAUGGCUUAUCGUUGUGUUCAAAUAUAAAUUAAAUAACUCUGUAUGUAUCCUACUAUCCAAACUUUUCGCAUAUAACAGCAGCACACCCGUCAGCAGUAUAAGCUCUGUUUGUUUUGUCUGCAGUGAAAACAUUUUCGGCCGGAGGGUUUUAUCGGUCCGUUCAAAAAAAACUGCAGCUCGAGACCUUUUUGGCAGCGUUUCGUGUCUGUAUAAUUGGCUGGUGUCGAUAAGGACGAGAGAUUAUUUUUCCCGAUGGGGGCGAACUCGCGCAGGAAAAAUCGAGAAUAUGCGUCGCGGACGUUGAAAAAAUCAAACGAGACCGGAAUUUCGACGCGAUGUUUAACACUUCCGCCGAAUUCGACGGGACGUUUAUCGUUUGUGAAAUGUUUUCGGAACCCUUCGGAAACCCGCGAACUGCGAUAAUCGCAAAUUAGUUUUGCAGUUUAGUGCUGCGUAACGGGAUGCGAAUCGCGAAUACGGAUUUUCGUCGUUACAGUUUUUGCGGAAAAAAUUCCGUACCGCUCGGUAUUCGGCAAUGCGGUCGGCGUACCACGUUCGCAUAAUGACGCGCGUACGGUGCGUUUAUAGCGGUAGGCUUACUGCCGCGCGGACGGCGCGUUGUGCGCCGCGUCAAUACGCGGCGAAUAAUAAUAAUGAUAAUAAUAAUUCGAGUAUAAAUAAUAACGAUAAUACGGUAUUACGUUCGCGGGGCGAUUAUUUCGCGCGUUACCAGUUUCAAUGAGAAUUAAUUCCGGUAGAACGUUGCCGGCGCGAACCGAAUAAACAAGAGCGCGUUUAACGGCCCUUCGGCGGGGGCCGCGGCCCGGCUCCGGGUUCGCGUCUGAACGCCCGCACUCGCGUAUCCCUCCGCCGACCCCCAACCCCCUCUUGCCCCUUCUGCCGCAGCCGCGGCCGCAGCCGCCGACGUAGUUUUCCCGUUCCUCGUUCCCUCCCCCUCCCCCCCCCCGCGACCGAAUAUUAUAUCGAUAAAAAAAAAAAAAAUUCCUAAAUUAAAACCGGCCUGACCGCCCGGCUUAACCGUUUUACACCAGCGGGCGUGUACGACGGCGACGACGACGACGACGUUUUAAUAAUAUUUUAUACCGACGAUUCCCGCGCGAAAGCGGCUCGUAAAUCAAUCGGCGGGGUGCGGGGGACCGCGCACGCAUAAUAAUAAUAUUAUUAGGAGGCGAUCCGCCGGUGACUAAAUGCGACGACGACGGCUCGCGACGCGCCACAAUAUCGCGGUACAGGUAGGCACCGUAACAGCAAUGAUUGUUACUAUUAAUUACUCGCAUUGUCGAUUUUCACCGUGUACGAUAAAACUGCGAUUGAUUACUAAUAUAAUUGAUGUUAUAUUUCAAAGCGCGUUAAAUUAUUAUUGAAAAGUCGGCUUUGUUACCGGCGAUUAUGUUCAACUCGUUUGAUUCGGGUUAGCAUCGGGAAAAAAAGAAGAACGUAUUUUAAAAAAAAUUUCAAUUCAAUUCGUACUCACGUUGAUUGCGUUUAAAUAUUGUUUGUUGGCAUGGUAAGUAUCUGAACGGAAAAAAAAAAAAAAGGUUAUCCUAGGAUUAUGGGCACGGCUGCAGACACCGUUGUAGAUGGGAAGUCGGGAAGAUAGGAUAUAGACGGGAAAUUAAUGUAUAUCUGUAAGCGACGAUUAACCAUUUCUAACGAAAAAACGAUACUGAGCUGAGUUCGGUCGAUAGUGUUGCUGCGAUACAAUAUAAAUUUUGAAAUAAUAAAAUAAUAUAUGCAUUUCAAAAAUAUUAAUUUCUUAGUAAAUUGACUCUCCUUAAAAAAAAAAAAAAAAUUGCGUUACGCAUAUUUCAAAAGUAUAGUUUUAAAACUUCAAGUGCAUAUUUUACCAAUUUGUAGUGCAUAAUUCCGUGCGUAUUUAUGCGUUUUUUUAAUGAAUAUACCGUAGAGCCCUGCUUAAUAUAUACCGUCGACACGAUGGCCGUGGUUACAUCUGGCACAUAUUUAUAUAUCGCAGUUUACCGCGGCUCUGUGACGUUGGUUUAGAUUAUUAAUUGAGGGGAGGGGUUCCUAAUUGUUUGUAAUAAAAAUGAACUGGAAGUCGACAAAUAAUUAAAUUCCCGUAGUAAUUUAAAAAUGUCGUCCAUUUGCCCUUGUUUGAUGCGCCUCUUACCUAAUUCCCCGAUAUCGAUUUCGCUGCGGUGGUCGACAAUGAACAAUACUGUGAUACAAAACUCAAUUUUAAUUAAUUUUUUUCGAUGAAAUUCAAGAAGUACCGUCUAUCCGACCGAAUACGUUUAAAACAGAUUCGUAAUGGGCACAAGAGGAGGUUAUCCACAUUUCUUCUAAUCGCUGUGACAACAAAUUAUAAAUUAUACAAAUGUAUGUAUAAUUAAUGUAUUAUAUUAAUUACAAAUAAUUGUUUGUAAAUUAAAGUUCAAUUAAUUUAAGAGCAUAAUUAAAAUGCAGCAUAAUAUAAUAUUAAACGAAUCGUAUAAACAAAUGAAGUAUAAUAAUCGAUAAUAUUAUAUAGUUAUUCUAUGACAAAUGCAAUCAAUAAAACAUAAAAAAAAACUGUUGGGUAUAAAUAUAUUUAACAAUAAUAAACUUAUACGAACCGGAGUUUCGAAGUAGCGUAAGAACUUAUUAUUCGUUUUUUUCUUUCACCCAUUGGAUUUAAAAUCAAUGAGCGAACUUCUUCAGAGCCCAAACUAAUAAUCGUUUACAGACCGUAUUCGAAAAUUCGCAUUCGUAUGCGAGAUAGAACGCAUACGGACAGACAGCCACGAACAAAUAUAUUAGUUUACAUUACUUGAUAACAUGUACAGUUGUACAAUACUACAAAAGUAAUUUUAUUAAAUUUCUGUGCUAAACGUUCGGGAUCAACUGGAAUAUCACUUACACAAAAUGUUAUCGUCAGUAUUUCGCACUCGUAGUAGGUGUACUUCGAGAACUUUUUUUUUUUUUAACCAAUUUUAGUCUUGAGAACGCUCUCUCCGUGGGGAAGCACUUGAUAUCGGCAGAGUCAGUGCAAUACUAAGUACUGUAUCAGCAAUAUGCAUACAGAGCCGAUACCUUUCAGUCCUGCUACAUUGCACAUCGCAUUUUAUAGGCCGCGUGAAUAAUACUUUCGCUAUUUUCACAAUGGGUUACCUUUAAACUUUAAAUUUUAUCCCCAGUCAAUGGCACGGUGAACAUAUUUUGUAAACAAUGAUACACAAAACACGUUUCAGCAUCCACCCUCUUUCUAUUUAUAUUAGGACAAACGUCCUUAGGUCAAUCCACGGAAAACAAUUAAGUACCUAGGUAUACUUUUUAAGCCCGUGGUCUCAAGUUUACAAAUACCUCUGGCCUAGUUCUUAACUCUGUUAAUAUAUUUCACGCGUUUAGUAGUACAAGACAAUUGGGCGCCAAAUUAUCAGUUUUAAAGCCAAUGGUCUAGGUAAAAUUGUAUACUUGACAUUUGGAUUCAAUUCGAUGAUUAAUAAUGGAAAUCUGCGGGUCAUAAUUCUGUAGUGGAAAAGCCUGUAUACAUUUAUGUACAUACUUGAUGGUCAAUCAAAUAACAAAUGCUAUUUAAUAGUACUAACCCAUUCAUUGAUAUUGAUUAUUGUCAAAUACCAAAUACCUACCUAUUGCUGACUGCCGUACUUCCUACCAACUUACGUCCACUCAUCAAAUUUCAACAACGACGCCUAUAAGCUCAUUAUAAAUCCCUACUUCACGCUACUGCAGUCGUUAAUAAAUUCGUCUAUUUCAAUUUAUUAAUAUUAUUUUUGAUAUCUAUAAACAAUAUGUUUCAUAUUUACAAUGAUUUUCAAACGCACGUUUUUUUUUAUCGAUGUAACAUGUCUUUUUAGCAACUAUUAAGCAACGGCAAUUCGUGGUAUAUAGCAAACACUGUCGUCAUUGCGAAUUUCACAUCUGUCGCGAUUGUAUAACUAAACCAAACUAAACUAUUCUGGGUGUCCCACGAAAAUAUGCCCAUUGUAAUAUCUAAGAGGCAAUAAAGAUAAUCAAACUCUGUUUUCUUUAUACUACUCAUUGGGAUAAGGAAACAAUUAUUUAUAUUCUUUUUUAUAUUUUGGUAAAAAAUUUAAAGAGAAAAUAAGUGUACAGUAAAUUACUCGUAAUAAUAAUAAUCAAUUAUUAGAAAAUGCGAUUAAAGCCUGCUGCAUAAUUAUAGGUACUUUUCUCUAAACAUUAAAAAAUUAUUAAAAAUCGCAAAUUUAAUGAAAAUAAAAAGUUAAGCAUGUAAAUUUAUCGCAAUAUAAAUAUUUAUUGUCCUUAUCCCUGUGAGUAAUAUAUAUAUAUAUAAAAAAAAAAAAUUGAAUUUGAUUAUCUUUAUUAUCUCCGGAGCUAUUACAAUGGAUAUAUCUUCGUGAUACACCAGGUGAAUGUACAAUGGGGGUUUCAGAGGUUCAAAUCCCCGCAGAAAUUUCAUGAAAACUAUGAUAAAAGUAGAUUUUUAUUAGUUUCAAAAGUGAUUUCUGUCAAUGAGGAAGAUAAAUAAAAUGUUGGUUUUAUUUUAAUUGUAUUUAUUUAUUUAAUAUUGGCAAGUAUAUUAUACCGUUAAUGUUAUCAUUUCUAAUUUGUUGUGGUUUUCCUGAUUUUAGAAAAUUAUAACUGACACGGCGAUAUUGCAUACCGCGUUAUCGUUUGGACUGUAUUCACUAUAAAAAAAUAUCAAACGUAAAUUUGUAUAGUAAUAGUAGUAACUGUAAAACGCUAAAAAUGAAUGUCAUAAAAUAUGGACAUUUUUAAUGAAAAAUAACCAAUCCUAAAACUGAACGUAUGUAAACUUCUUUGUUGUUUAUUGUUUAUCGUCACGAGAGUACGAGACUUAAGGCCCCUAACACCUCCCCCCCCCGAAAUAUUUUUUUUUAAACGCACCUGUGGGACACUGUAUGAAAAAAAAAAAAAAAACCCUUUUCACCGUGAACACGGUUAGUCGACAAUUUUACGAUAUUCCGUAGGUACACGCUACAGUAGGUCUUGGGCACGUUUAUUAUACGAAUACGUAUACCCGUACUUUUGCCUAUAAACUUUAUGGCCUUAAUUGUAUCGGCGUACCUACGUUACCGGGUGAGAUUUCGGAAAUUACAAACCGCGGCGAGGCUUCGGAUCGCGAUUCGCAACAAUGUUCGCCAAACUCGUGUUGCGCGUUCUCGUUUAAAAUUACGUUCCCGAAUUAAUACGAUAAUAUUCUCGAAACUUCUGCGAUAAUUGUAAUUUUAUACACACACCCACCCACCCCCCCACCAGUUUCCUCGUAACGCCCGACCGGUACGCGGGAAAUAAUAUAAACGCAACGUUUGUUCGACGUCGUCAAAACGAUUGUGCUAAUAUUAAUAACAUUGUGCGUUGUACACGUUGCGCAACUGUUAAAUUAGCAACGCGGAUACGCGUCGUUUUCGGAAAAUCCCACACUUUUCGUGUGCGUGCAGGCACCGUCACAUUUAUUAUUCACGGUGAUCACUAUGCAAUGACCACGGCGAUUCUCGAAAAAAAACGAAAUGCGUUCUAUUCAGUACAUAUAUAUGUAUAUAAAAAAAAAAAAAAAAAAAACGGUCAUAUUUUUUUUCGCGGGGGACGGAGAAUUUCCUUUUACGGGACAUAAUUUUUUUUUUUUGUGAGAAAUGAAAAAAAUAUAAAAAUAUGAUGCGCCUGUGUACCUGUAUACUGCGUAAUAUUGGGUCGAAUUAAAUAAAAAACCGUUUCCCAUUAGUCAUUUGUAUUGUAAAGUUGUCUUGUAUUUCGGGGUUUAUUUUUUCUGCAACAUCUAUAAAAAAAAAAACCAACAUUUUGAUACAAAAAAAAAAAAAAAAGGUAAUUAAAGUUAAUUCUUUUAUCAAACGUAUUAUUUUUUUAUGAUUUUUCAAUCUGAGUACACAGCGGUGCGCCAGGCCAAGGUCCGGCUGACAUGCCAACGUGUCUUUAUAUAAACCGAUUCACCCAGGUUUUCUUACCUUCGUAUAGAUAUGACGGUAUGACGGUGUUUACUCUUAAGAUGCGGGCUUUUGAAAUUUGAAAGAUAGAUUAAGCUUGUAACGAAUUUAACUCUUAAUAUUAAGCCUUUUCAAAAGUGUGGAAUUUAAAAGUUCGCAUUUUUGUUGUACUCACUAACUCACCCGUCGUCACAGGCUCGUGCGUAAGAGAGGAUGAUGAGGGUUCAAACUCUUACCCAUUACAUUUUCUUUCACGUUCAGAUUAUUGGCGGUUAGAUAUUAUCGAAUUAAAAACAUGUUUACUUUUGCAAAACUCCCGGAGUAUAUUCUGUGAUAAUUGAUGUAUUUAUGUAUACCUACUUCCCCCCUCCCCCAUGAAGAAAUUCUGCGCACAGCACCACAAUAUCAACAAUUAUAAGGCAUUUCCCAUUUUAGUUUUAAAUCGACUGUUUCUUUUAGCAAAUAUCUAUGUAUCUCUAAGUGUGUCAACAUUAAAAAUCAAUGAUUGUACAUAAUAAACGUUAAUUAAAAUAAUUGCUAGACUGUUAAAAUAACGUUGCGAAAUUUAUCGUUUUAAAAUGUUAUAAUAAUUAUGAAUUUUCGGAUCUAAAUUUAUUUUUAUUCUAAAUUAAAAUGUAAAAUUGUUUUAAAUUGGGAUGGGAAUUGUGGAAGUUUUUAUUAUUGAACAUUACGAUUUCGGUAACCGAUUAUGAAUUAUUACGAAAUAAUUGCCAAGAGAGCAAAUUCAAUAAAUAAAAAUAUCGACUGUAUACGCCAGUUCGAGGUUCAAUUCAAGUGUGCCAUUUGGGUCGUUCCUUUUUUGUUUAUACAGAUAAUGGUUUUCGUUUUGUUUUGUUUUUUUUAAUUAAAUAAAAGAUUACACUCAUUUAUUGUAUUCUCUCGGCGAUGUAGAACUGCUCCACUUCAAUAUAGUACAUAGGCACUAAACUUACUCUAUACGAAAAAAAAGGCAUAAAAACAAAAUUUGAACCGUACAAUUACUUACAACCUAAGCUUUUCAAAUAUUAUAUUUACGCAGGUCCCUACAUUUAUAUAAACCUUUUAUAAAUAACUAAUUCCAUAUUUUGGGAUAUAACUUUUAAAUUAAAAAUUAUUCAAGCGUCACGGUAGUUUGUAAUUAUUAUAUUUAUUUAAUUUUACUCCGUGGUUAAAAAAUAUUAUUAUUAUUAUAUCUACAUAAUAUUGCUGGAAAAAAAUUGAUAUAUUUUUUUCGUUUUAUAUAUUUUAAAGUUGGACCUCCAUACGAUCUUUCCGCGAUAGAAAUGAUUAUUUAACCGUACUUAAUAUUUAUGCAUAUAUUUCGUUAUUAUUCAACGAAUAUUCUAUAGUUUCGUUUUUUUUUUUUUUUUUAUAUUAAAUUGUAUUCAUAAAGUUUGUGUGUUCUUUGAUUCCCAAAAGAGUUUAAUAAUAAAUUGUGCAUAAUAUUAUAUGGUAUAUACGAAAACACUCGCUUGAAUAGUUUUCCAUGAAAAACGAUUCACAACAAACAUUUUUCAUUAUUUCAAAACUUGAAUAUUUUUUUUUUUUUUUUUUACUGCGGAACAAUAACCGUAUCUUGUAAUAAUAAUAGUUUCAAUACUGUAUAGUAAAAAUUAAUACAUGUAUUCUAUAAAAAUUAGAAUAUAAUAUUAAAUUAUAAUUUUUAAAAAAAAAUGGGCCUUUUAACCGAGUGAAAAACCAAUAUCAAAAUAAAUAGAAAAAAAACAAUCAAAUUUCGAUAUUCCAUAUUAUAGGCACUGAUGUGGGUACUAUCAGAGGCAUCCUCAGAAUUUUUGAUUGGAGAGAGAGAUAUGAAAAUAUACUAAAAAGUGAGCCGUGGGAGCUAAGCCCUCGCACCACCUUUCUAAUAUAAAAACAACAUACAUUAAAUUUUAACAUAUUAUUAUAUUUUUGAUUAAAAUAUUAAAUUUACAAAAUUAUAUCAAUUUUUCUUGGUUUUUGAGCCAGUACAUCAAGAACUUCUUCGGGGUCAAUUAGGACUUAUUUAUGGACUUCUCUAACUACCGCUUCAACAAUUUUAAUCAGGCUGUUCAAGCAAUUUACUAUUGUCUACAUCACCUACACCAUUAACUUUUAUACUCUCUAUAUCAUUACUUGUAGGAGGUUAUAUACUUGAAUUAGUGGAAUUUGUUUCGUUUGAUUAUGGUCAAAUAUAUGUCGUCAAUACACCAUAGCAGUCGUUCUUAACCUUUUUCAAAUGACGGAACACUUAACAUUUUAUAAUAUUUUCGUGGAACACUGACGUAAAAUAAAACAGUAUUUAUUUAAAUUUUUUUGCAAAAUAGUUUGCAUACACUUUAGUCACUAAAAAAUAAUAAAAUAAUAAAGAAAAUUUAAAAAAAUAUAAGAAUUUGAAAUGGAAUACUUUAUAUGAAAUAUUUGAGCCUGGUGACUUUUACAGAUAUUUUCAAAAUCCGGCCAUAUGUAGGAUAUUGCUAUAUUCUCAUUUCCUCUUCUAUAUUUGUCAGCCUUUCUCGUUUCUUUGUCUUAAUAUUCGUUGAAAAUUCAGGUUCGCAUCACAAGUAAAAUGUUGGAAACUGUAAUAAAAUUGUAAUUGAAAAAUAAAUUGUUUUAAAUUCGGUUUGAACGAAAAUCCAAAACUCUUCUACUGUUAUUUUGGAAAAUUUUAUUUUGAGAGUUCAAUCUGUUGUAAUUUAUGAAUUUGUUUUCACUGGUUUUAAAAUUUUGGUGAAUCACUUAUACUAAGUCCACGGAACACCGGUUAAGAACCACUGCACAUAUUGCGAACUGUCAAAGUAAUUCAUAAACAGUUAUCACUUAGUAAAUUGUUCACUAAAAACUAUUGAUAACAACAAAAAAAAAAAACCCGUGAAAAUAUGUUACCUCUUUCAUCAGUUUGGUGGUAGUAUCACUAGAUUAAUUUAUUGUUUACAUCAAUUAUGUAUGAACUCAGCUGAUUAUAAAACCAGAGCGAUGAUAAAGAUAUUAAUCUGUAACCACAGAAAUAUAAAAUACAAACACGGUCUGUAUACGAAUAUUGUGGGAAAUGAUAACGAGUCCAAAAAAUGUUUAUUUAUUAUAAUAUUUAUUUAUUUGAUUAUUAUCACUAAAUAUCAGUUAAACGGGAAAUUCUAUAGAAAGAAAAAAAGGUCAUGGGGGGGAUCCCAUAACGCCCCCCCCCCUACGAGAGCACCCAUGGAUUCGAUAUGCGAAUAUUCGAACGCUGACGCGUUAAACUGCUGAUAACUCACGCGAUUCAUUUUCACAGAUUUUCGAGUUAUUCCGACUAUUAUUUAUUUUAAUUUCUCUAUAUAAUAUUACAAAAAAAAAAAAAUUAUUCGGUAUCGAAUAAAACAUCGACGAUGUUAUCUCUCGUAUUAGAUGAAUUUUCUGGCAAUGUUCAUGGCGGAUAAAACGUUACUCGCGUACAAUCCCAAGGGAGACUGGAGGGACAGAUCGAUUCUCUAAACUUAUGUAGUUAUAUACCCGAGUCAUCAAAAUGGACUUUUAAUAUACGGUCGUCUAAAUCGAUAUGUACAUGCAUAUAAAUAUAUAUAUAUAUAUGUAAAGAAAGAAAAUCGUAAAACAGACAAUACAUAACUCAAGAAUAUUGAUUUAGGCGAGGAAAUUUACGGACUUGACUGCUCCCGCUUAAGAAAAGAAAUGAUUUCGCUCCGCUCCCGGUAUAUUACUUGUUGAAUUUCCGAUCGAUCAAGUUAGGUUAACCUAACCUAACUGAACUGGACACUGAUGUGAAUAAUAAAUAAUAAUAUAAAAACAUAACAUGAAGCCGCUAAUGGUAUCAACAUCAACUAUAAGCAGUUUUAAAAAUAUUGUUACUGAUUUUUUUUUCUUAUUUUUAGAUUAUUCGAACGAUUCGCGUAGACCCAGUUCGGUUCAAAUAUGGAAAAGUGCAUGGGAUACGACAAUUCCGCCUGCUGCAUUUCGAGCGAUUCGCGUCCUCUGUCGACGCCGGCGACUAUGGAAAUGGAACGGGUGGUCAGUUGCGGUAACUCAAAAACCCAAAAUAACAGUGCAUCGACGGAAAAUAAGUUUUCGAUGGCAAACGAUUCGGGCGAUAAUAAAAUUGUUAUUACGCCGAACGAGUGUCAACCUAAAUGUCCGGCCGUCACAACGUCCCCGUGGGACCCGAUGAAGACGCGGUUCGCGGCAUUUUUAACCCUGGCCAUCGUCGUGUGGUUACUGAUUGGCGUUUGCGCCAUAAAUUUCCAAAAAUAAAGAUAAAACUGGACAAAAAAAAAUAUACCAUAAUAUUAUUAUAGUACGAAUAUAGCUAAAUACAAAAUUAGGCACGUGUCUAGAUUUUUAAAUUUUUCAACUAAAUAUAAUAUUACAUUUAAGUAUCUCUGAAGAAAAAAAAAAAUCGAAAACCUAAUUUCACAGUGUUAACAACUAACGUUUAUGUAACAUUAGAUAUCCAGCAGUUUAUUAUAGUUUCUACAGUUAUUUUAUGUGAACUAUUUAUAGAACUCUAUAUAGGUGCUCGAUAGAUUUUAUUUAUCUCGACAAAUUUUUAAAUUUGGACACGUGCCCCGGUUUGUAUUCAACCGCGAUUUGCGUUUAUAAACAGCUACGAACAAGUCGCGAUGUCCGAAAUCGAAAUUUUGUCAAAUAAUUGUUAUAAUCACCAAUUUUUUUAAAUGUGUUUUUUUAAUAUUAUUACCUGUAUACUACUGUACGAUGACGAUCAAAACGAAUGAAUUUUAUCGGAGAAAUGUAAUAUAAUUUUUCAUAUUUUAUCUAUUAUUCAGCAAGUAUACCUAUUAAUAUUAUUACAUUUUUUCGAUCGCGUUCAUACAUACAUAUUAUAUUAUUGUUAUCAUAUCAGAGCAUAUCUACUGUUAUCAAAAUAUAUUUCAAAAAACUAUAUUUAUAAAAUAUUCGUGUUAGGUAUUACUGACUAUUAUAAUUAUUAUUUUGUAUCGUAAAAAUAUAACUUAAAACAUAAUGGUC